AUGGGCCUAGAUCAAUCAAGACCAACUACUUCAACCUCUUCCGAAGGAGGAGUCCCUCUCUCUCAGGAUGAUGGGUUUGAAAAUCUUGAUGCCUACUCAAGCUAUCCAUUCGAUUUGGAUCAUUUUGAUCCCUUUGAUGAACAACAGCUCAUCUUCUCCAAGAAUCAGAGUCCCAUGUUUGUGUGCAACGCCCGAACUAUCCCUUCGGACGUGUGGCUCCAUAUUUGCUCCUUUCUUCCUGUACGUGCGUUAUAUGUUCUCGUUACAAGCUCUAAAUUCUUCUUUCGAGUGUUAAUUGCCUAUCGAUCACAAUUUAACACCUCGUCAGACAUUGUGAGCCGAUACUCGAGAAUGGGAUAUAAUUACUUGUUAGAGAAGUUUCUGUUCGAUGCUUUCAACGAUUAUGGUGUGUUUAUCACUGACAAACAAAGUCAGAAAACUCAACCUCUUCAUGAAGGAAACAAUGACACUACAAACCACAACAUCAGAAAAAGAUUUUUCAAUCGAAGACGAGAAAUUUUGCAAGAUUUAAGACAAAGAAUCGCAUUGGCAGUGUGUUGGAAACAAUUGGAUAUUGAACAUGCAGAUAUGGUGACGAAACCGAGGCAAUUAAGCUUGAUGGACCUGCUAAUAUCGAGCGACAAUGUUUCGAUAUUCAUGUCGAGAAGAAAUUUAGCUGCAUUGGACGACGAUGACGACAACUCGUAUGGAUUUACGGAGGACAUUUAUGAGCAACCUCCUCAGAACAGUUGGACUAUUUUCAUGAAUCAUGUCAUGUCCCCUGAACUUCAAUCUCUCAGUAUUAGCGAUUGUCAUUUUUCAUUGGACAUACGAUUUGACUGGUGUGAACUUGCUCUCUCCCAACAUUGUCCAAAUUUGAAGAAAAUUGAAAUCAAGCUCUAUGAAAAAUAUUGUGACUGGAUUUGUGAAAGCAUCAUUGCGUUACCACACAUUGAAAAUCUGACUCUGUUGCCACGUAGUGAGAUCACAAAUGUAUUUUACAACUCGGUCAUGACUCGACUAUAUUCCAACCGAACAAAGCAGAAUCACCUUGCAAAGCUCAAGCAGCUACAUAUUCUCGAACACCUCAAAUUCAAAGAACCUCUGACUUUCUUGACAGAUUGUUCCAACACCUUACAAUCCCUGACCAUCACUGUUCGAUCGAGUGAAGACAUUCAAUAUUUUCCAAGCUCACUAAAAGAGCUCACCAUACAUUUUGGGAAGGAAUUCAAUAGCGUUCCUCCAAGCAUCAAGUUAAACCAUCUUGAAAAACUCGCAAUAACUGGAGCUAGAGCCACUCGAGAACAAAUUGACAAUAUCUUGAGAGCUGGUUCAAGCACGUUGAAACAUUUGACCAUUGAUCCAGAUUUUGGAAUUGAAUAUCCUGUUCCAAAAGAGCUGCCUUCUCUUAGAAACGUUCGCAGCUGUUUCAUACAUUCUCUUUCACGACCAGCAACAUCAGAAGAUUUGACAUCUCUAACGAGCUUUCUGAAGAUUAUCAACUUCACAGUGUUGAAUCUGAGUGGAUUCUCUGUAAAUUACACAAAAAGUAUCAUUUCCUCACUUCCAAAGUCACUCAAUGAGUUGUACCUGGAAGGAACAAUCUCUCAACUACCCACUCACAUCAAACUUCAAAAGUUUUCAUUCACCAUUAAUGGGCAUCAACCUUCGAUCGUACACACGAUUGAUUCUUCUCUCUGGAAAGACUCGUUGAAAGAAUUAAUUGUGAAUGGCAAUCCACAACCGAAUGGUCCUCUCUCUGACAAUAUUUCAAAACUCAAAGUGUUAGAAAAGUUAGUUCUGACAUCGAUUGGAUUUGAAACAAUUCCUACAAGCAUUUACAAACUCAAAAAUCUAAAAUAUCUUGACCUUUCUCAAAACAAUUUGAAAAAAGUUUCCAAGCAUAUUGCAUACAUGGAAAAUUUAGAAUUUUUGGACAUUUCAAGGAACAAAAUUGCCAAGUUUGACAUGACCAUAUUCAAGUUGAUGAAAAAAUUGGAUCGUAUCGAAUUUGAGUCCAAUCCUUUUGUUCCAAUUUAUGAGUCAUCCCUUUCUUUCAAGAAUUGGCUAUUUUAUCCAACAUUUAACACCAUCUCCACCGCUUGUAAAAAUCGAUUUUUGGAAAAGAAGAAUCACAAACAACUCUAUGAAGUGAUAUCGACUCGAAUUACUUGGUUUAUUGAGCUCUACAAACAUGUUCGAUUUGUGGUUUGUUUUGAAUAUUUUAAUAUCAAACGACAAAAAACUGAACGCAAGUUCUUUAGAGGUGCCAUGGAUAAGGUGUAUUGCCAGAUUUAUGAGUGGGACUUGAUUCAGCAAUAA